AUGCGAACAAUUUGUUUGAAAAAAGAGGUAUAUUUAAGAAGAUUGGACGUUGAACGUUCGUUUAUUUAUAACAUUUAUUCACAACAGUUAUUCUUUUCAGCAUCUCCAUCAUCGCCUCAACCAUCUUCAUCUCAACCUUCAGGGAAUCCAACUCCAUUAAAUAAAAGUUCAACUCCCACAUCUUCGAAACCCAGUACUACAAAAACAAAUGAUAAUGCACCAGCAGUUAGUUUGUCAAUAAUUAGCCCAACUCCAGAUAAAUUUCAAUUUCACAAAAAAGGAUUUAAUAUUACCUUCGCUUGGAAAUUUGUUGGCAAUUUUUCUACUCCACCAAAAAGCUUGAAUAUCUACGCAAUACCAAAUGUUUACCAUGGUACUAACAAAAAUUUUACCAUAGCUACAAACUUAACAGGUAGUACUACUGAAUAUGAAUGGGACACCUCAAAACAAACCAAUCCAGAAUUACCUGAUGGUCCUUACAAUUUAUGGAUUUUGGAUGAACGCGGUAUUGAUUAUUAUAACAAUAAUGGUAAACUUGCACCUUUUAAUGGUUUCAUUUUUACUAUGUAUGCUCCUUCUCCAGCGAUUCCUACUGAAUACUGCCAAGGGAAAAGAAUUCCAACUUCAGCCUAUCUUAUGGGUUCAAUGGAAUCAUUCGCGAAUGUUCUUAUACCCAUGACUUCAUUAAUUACAUUGAUAACAUUUCUCACUGGAAUAUUCUUUUUAAAUAAUCACGGAUUUUUUGAAAAUUAA